AUCACGUCACAGUGCUAGCUAAUGGUAGAUCAGACACGACACUGGAAGAAGCAAACUCUCUGGCAUUCCACAACACACUCUUUGCCAACCCUGUCUGGUUUUAGUGUCCUCAUCAGUGCAGACGGCACGCACAAUGCGUGAAACUAAAGACAACGGGAAAAAGUCUCUGUAGUAUUAGUUUUUGAUUAUCAUCAAACCCCGAGUUGAACUCGGGAUGAGAGGACGUCUGACGAAGAAGGAGAAAUUGCUAGAAAUCAUGUGGAAUUUAACCGUUAUCUUUUCUUCGGUGAUAUUAUAUUUUGUGGUAAUUACUGAUGCUGAGCCGGCGAGAUAUGAUGGCUUCAAACUUUUAAGAGUCAAAGCCACCCACAAGACAGACAUGGAGUUUGUGAGAAAGAUCUACGACUCUGGGGAUGAAAAGCUGGACUUUUGGCGUGAGCCGAGAACACCCGACCAAAUGAUCGACAUCAUGGUAGCCCCGUCCCACGAGGUGUACGCCCGUAGUCUGCUCGAGCAUGACGGCAUAACGGUCCACAAGGUCAUGGAAGAUGUACAGAGUGCGAUAGACGAACAGAUCGAAGUCAACGAGGAGAUGGACGACGAAGAUCAGCUAUUCUUUGGGAAUUAUCAAAACCUAUCAAUGAUUGACGAUUGGAUGAUUCAACUAAGCGAGGUUUAUCCAGAAAUCGUCUCAACUUUCCAAAUCGCAACGUCAUACGAAAAACGACCAAUCAACUGUUUGAAGGUAGGUGCUCCAUCACCGACGGGUGAUGUCAAACCAGCUAUCUUUCUCCUGGGUGGAAUGCAUUCAAGAGAAUGGAUCUCACCAGCAACGGUCAUGUAUAUGGCCAAAGAGUUAAUAGAAGGCUAUGCUGUUGAAGAUGACGACAUGAAAGCUCUCCUUGACGGUCUGGACUGGUAUAUCUUACCAGUCUUAAACGUUGAUGGUUACGUCUUCACUUUCGAAUCGUUUCGACUGUGGCGGAAAACACGAUCCAAACCUAAGGGGAACCGCUGCGCUGGAGCAGAUCCCAACAGGAAUUGGGAUUUCCACUGGGGAGUUAGUGGUGUGAGCACAUUGACCUGUGACGACACAUACGCUGGUCCAUUCGCCUUCUCCGAGACCGAGGUUAAACAGCUAGCUGUUUACCUGACCGGUCUAGUGGAGAGGCAGCCCGUCUUCGCCUUCAUGGAUUUCCACGCCUAUAGCCAGUACUGGAUGACGCCAUACGGGUAUGACACGGUGCUACCUGAUAAUUACGAGGAUCAGCUAUCUUUGGCAUUGGAUGCUACGUCGGCUAUUGAACAGAUCAACGGAACAAAGUAUGAUGUGGGUAGCAUUGCUGACGUCAUAUACAAGGCUGCCGGAAAUAGUGCGGACUACACCCACGGUGUACUUGGUGUCCCCUUCUGUUACGCAAUUGAGCUCCCAGACACGGGCGACCAUGGGUUCCUCCUACCGCCCCGCUACAUCAUCCCCGUUGGGCAAGAGACCCUUGAGGCCAUCAAGGUCAUAGGUCAAGCAGGGUUAGGUUAUCUAGGUAACGAAACGGCCAAGAUGGCGCCGAGUUUAACGACAGCCUGAUUUGCCUAUGCGUGCUUUGUAGUGCUUCGUUCGGCGGCUGCUGCGUGAUAUCUGAGGGAUUUUGUUUUCUUUGUAUGUACUAAAAAGUCCCAGUGUAAUUAGCCUUUUGUCAAGGCCUUCAUGACUUCGACAGCUUCAUUAUGAGCCUCAAUCCCAAACGACUUGAAUGGGAGCCCAAUGUUGUGCGCGAUCCGAGUGUCGAAGCCGAGGUUUCGCCACUCGCGAGCGUGGUCUCCCCUUCAGGGCCCAAUUUCAUAGA